AUGCUGGGUAUACCAUUUCUGGAUAGUGCGUUUCUGAAGAUAUUUUCGCCAACAACAUAUGAUGAUCGUAUCGAUCGACUUAAUUAUUUUGUCACAAGUUCUCUGCUAACAUUCUUUGCUAUCCUCGUCUCAGCAAAACAAUAUGUGGGUUCACCAAUACAAUGUUGGGUACCUAUGGAAUUUAAAGGUGGAUGGGAACAAUAUACGGAGGAUUAUUGCUUUAUACAAAAUACCUACUGGGUGCACUUUGAUGAUCCAGUACCAGAAGAUGUGAAUGAUCGUCACGGAGCUGAAAUUGGUUACUAUCAGUGGGUACCAAUUAUGUUAGUGCUACAGGCACUAAUGUUUUUCAUCCCAGAAUGGAUAUGGAAAACACUCAACAAACAAAGCGGAUUAGAUUUGGAUACAAUAGUAAAAGGAGCGAAAAGUCUAAGGUCAUCAAAAUGUAAUGAGCGAAAGAAGGAAUUGGAAAAACUAGCAUCGUUUGUUGAAGAAUGUCUCGAAUUCGACACACCUCGUCACCAAAAGCGUUUCUUCUGUUUCAAUUACGGCUACUCAUUGGGUUCCUAUGUAACCUUACUCUACCUACUCAUGAAAUCUCUCUUCCUUAUCAACAUAUUCAGCCAAUUUAUAAUCCUUAAUAACUUCCUUGGUACCAGUCAUAGUCUUUGGGGAUUCCAGAUGUUACUGGAUCUAUGGCAAGGUCGAGAAUGGCUAGAUUCUGGUGUAUUCCCGCGCGUAACAAUGUGCGAUUUCAAAGUGCGACGCUUAGCAAAUAUUCAUCGGUAUUCGGUCCAGUGCGUCCUAAUGAUCAACAUGUUCAACGAAAAAAUCUAUCUUUUUAUCUGGUUUUGGUUUCUGUUUGUUGCUGCAUCCACACUACUGAAUUUCGUCUACUUCAUUUACAAUACUAUAUUAGCCUCAAAUCGCGAACGUACAGCACGAUUGCUUCUUUUACAUAUAAAACUAGAUGAUACACCUAUGGAUCAAGCGAUACUGCGUCGUUUUGUACAUAAAGCAUUGCGACCAGACGGUAUAUUACUUUUGCGAUUUGUUGAUAUGUAUGCUGGCGGUAUGAUGGCACGUGAUCUUUGUGGACAACUUUUCGCCGAUUUUUACCGGGAACAGUAUCAUCGUGCAAUUGGUAGUCAUACAACAAAAAGCUCAUCACCUGGUCCUGAUGAUGGCUUUACUGAAACGCAAUAUGAUCCAGAAAAGCUACAUGGUCCACUGAUGCAACCAGAUGCAUUUACACGAAUGGUCAAAGGCAAAGCUUCAUAA